UUAAAUACUUAUUAAUAACACUAUUUUAACCUUAUUCACUCUUACCUCAAGCAGAAAAGCAACAUGUUGCUGUUAUUAUUCUUAAUCCUCCUAGUAAUUGUGGUGGUUAUAGUUGUUGCUUCUAAACCAUCCACUUUAACUCCAAUGGGAGCUCAUGUCAUGAUCACAGGAGGAUCAAGUGGAAUUGGUCUGGCUAUAGCAAAAGAAUGUGCUCGCCUUGGAGGGUUUGUUUCCAUCAUAGCAAGAAAUGAAAAACGAUUAGAGGAGGCGAAAGUAGAGAUUGAAAAAGUUAUGAAAGCUGGCGGAGAGAAACAAAAAGUGAUCACAAUACAACUAGAUGUCGCUGAAGAUCCAGAAAAGGUGAAAACAGCGAUUAAACAAGCAGAAGAGAAGUUGGGUCCUGUUGACUUUCUAUUCAAUUGUGCUGGAAUUUCUCACGCACAAAAGUUUGAGGACACAGAUCCUGAAGUUUUUGCCAGAGUCAUGAAAGUGAAUUAUCUUGGAACGGUUUAUCCAACUCUCGCUGUUGUUCAUGGAAUGAAGCAAAGAAAGCAAGGUCGAAUCAUAUUCACCAGCUCGCAAGCAGGACAGCUUGGAGUAUUUGGAUACACGGCUUAUUCCGCUUCUAAAUAUGCAUUGAGAGGGUUGGCUGAGACUUUGCAUAUGGAGGUGAAGCCACAUAACAUGGCAGUGACAAUGGCUUUCCCACCUGAUACAGACACACCCGGCUUCCAUAUGGAGAACGAAGGUGAUUUGAAACCAGAAGAGACCAAAAUAAUAUCUGAGACCUCAGGUCUUCAUUCCGCAGAUUCUGUUGCUAAAAGAAUCGUUUGUGAUGCAAUAAAAGGGGAAUUCUUGAGCACAAUAGGAUUGGAAGGAUUUUUAUUAGGUCAAAUAACUUCAGGAAUGUCUCCUUGCAAUUCAACAUUAUCAGCUUUGAUCCAGGGAACCCUUCUUGGAUUGUUUCGAAUUGUCGGUCUCGCAUUCAUCCGAAAUUUUGAUUCCAUUGUAGAAAAAUGUGCUCGGAAGCAAGAAAUUGAAGAAAAUUCAAAUAAGGAGGAUUGAGGAUUUAUUCGAAAGUGAACAUUACUUUAAAUCGGGGUAGCACCCUAUUUUACAAAUUGAUUGUAAGGAAACCCCUGCUGUUAAGUUAUGUGUUUCACACAUUAUUGGGAGCUCCCGGAACAUGUGCACUAAGAUGGCGCACAACCUGAACUGUACCAGAUUAGGGUUCAGAUUGUGCGACAUCUUGGUGAAGAUACUUUGGGAGCUCCCAUUAUUGUUAUGCAUGAGUGAGAUUCUUUUUUUGAAAGGGCGUUUUGUAUAACCUUCGCUGUAGACGAGUGGCUUAUAAGUCCCGAUUUACUGGCCAAUUACACCUGCCUAGCGAUUUAAUAUGGCCCUCCGAACUUGAGUAAGUUUGGUAUCGAAAAUAUACGUACUGGUAUCGGCACAUUGUGGGCACUCCGGUCAAUAUCCAUCAGUUUCUAAUUUUGUCCCCGGUCAUUCAACUUUAAGAGCCACUGCUGUAGACAGUUGCCACGUGGACAUCAUACUAAGAAUAGUCAUGUACUGGUGCCAGUCUUCAACAUAGGGUUUAUUUGCUGCCAUA